AUGUUAUCUACACCAAUUACUAAGAAUAUAGAUUAUGGUAAGGUAUACGAACCAUCAGAGGAUUCAUUUUAUUUGCUAGAUUGUUUUGAAGAGGAAAAGGGGUAUCUUGAAACCAAAUUUAAGAACAAGGUUCCGUUAAUCACUGAAAUUGGAACAGGCUCAGGUAUAGUAACCACUUUUAUACUACAAAACAUAAUACAUGAUGGCAUUUACAUAGCAACAGAUAUCAAUCCCAAUGCGUGCAAGAGUGUGUUAGAAACUGUACGAUACAAUUGUCCAACGCGAGGCCAUCUAGUUGACUCUUCACAAAUGGAUCUAACUUCAUCUAUUCGACCAAACACAAUUGACAUAUUGAUAUUCAAUCCUCCAUAUGUUCCUGCAUCAGAAGUACCGGAGGUUCCGGUUACGGAUGAAGAUACGAGAUGGCUAGAUUUGGCAUUGUUGGGAGGUGAAGAUGGAAUGGUUAUUACAUGGAAGGUCUUGAAUAAUAUAGAGCAUAUAUUGAGCUCUGACGGUGUUGCAUAUAUCCUAUUUUGCGCUAGAAACAAACCUGAUAUUGUGGCUGAUAUAAUGAGAGACAGGGGUUGGAAAGUGGAUGUUGUAAUUAAUAAAAAAGCAGGUUGGGAGGUGCUAUCUAUUUUAAGGUUUGUUAGAUUGUGA